AUCAGCAAGACUUUUGGACCAUUGGGAUCUGCAAAUGCAGUUUGAUUAUCAAGGGAAAUAAAUGAAAAUAUGACAAAAACAUCGUUGAUUACCAUUAUUUGGAUUUGGCACUGCGUUGCCUAUGGCCAAUUAUCCAUUCAUAGUCCAUAUUACAUUCCCUAUAUUUCUACUUUCGACACUCAAUCCCAUAACCAUCAAAACUAUGACGGAACCAUAUUAGGAAGAAAUGAUGGCGAAUUAUUAGAAAGAAGUUUUCCUUUUCAAGGAGCUUUAUUUGUAAAAAUGAAAAAACUUGAAGCCAUCACAGCAAAUUUAGCAAAACAACUAAAAGACAUAACUGCAAAAUUGGAAAAAAAUGUUAUAGAUUUGAAAGACGAACUAAACACCAAAGAAACUAAAGAUGAUUCGGCGAAAAAGGCUGACCAAUCAGAAUUAGUUAAAACGAACGCGGAAUUGCUAAGAACUAAAGAUGAUUUGGCGAAAAAGGCCAACCAAUCAGAAUUAAUUAAAACACACACGGAACUGCAAACAACUAAAGAUGAUUUGGCGAAAAAGGCUGACCAAUCAGAAUUAAUUAAAACAAACGCGGAAUUGCUAACAACUAAAGAUGAUUUGGCGAAAAAGGCCAACCAAUCAGAAUUAAUUAAAACAAACACGGAACUGCAAACAACUAAAGAUGAUUUGGUGAAAAAGGCCAACCAAUCAGAAUUAAUUAAAACAAACACGGAACUGCAAACAACUAAAGAUAAUUUGGCGAAAAAAGCUGACCAAUCAGAAUUAGUUAAAACAAACGCGGAAUUGCUAACAACUAAAGAUGAUUUGGCAAAAAAGGCAAACCAAUCAGAAUUAAUUAAAACAAACACGGAACUGCAAGCAACUAAAGAUAAUUUGGCGAAAAAGGCUGACCAUUCAGAAUUAGUUAAAACAAACGCGGAAUUGCUAACAACUAAAGAUGAUUUGGCAAAAAAGGCCAACCAAUCAGAAUUAAUUAAAACAAACACGGAACUGCAAACAACUAAAGAUGAUUUGGCGAAAAAGGCCAACCAAUCAGAAUUAAUUAAAACAAACACGGAACUGCAAACAACUAAAGAUGAUUUGGUGAAAAAGGCUGACCAAUCAGAAUUAAUCAAAACAAACACGGAACUGCAAACAACUAAAGAUGAUUUGGCGAAAAAGGCUGACCAAUCAGAAUUAGUUAAAACAAACGCGGAAUUGCUAACAACCAAAGAUGAUUUGGCGAAAAAGGCCAACCAAUCAGAAUUAAUUAAAACAAACACGGAACUGCAAACAACUAAAGAUAAUUUGGCGAAGAAAGCUGACCAAUCAGAAUUAGUUAAAACAAACGCGGAAUUGCUAACAACUAAAGAUGAUUUGGCAAAAAAGGCAAACCAAUCAGAAUUAAUUAAAACAAACACGGAACUGCAAGCAACUAAAGAUAAUUUGGCAAAAAAGGCUGACCAAUCAGAAUUAGUUAAAACAAACGCGGAAUUGCUAACAACUAAAGAUGAUUUGGCAAAAAAGGCCAACCAAUCAGAAUUAAUUAAAACAAACACGGAACUGCAAACAACUAAAGAUGAUUUGGCAAAAAAGGCCAACCAAUCAGAAUUAAUUAAAACAAACACGGAACUGCAAACAACUAAAGAUGAUUUGGCGAAAAAGGCUGACCAAUCAGAAUUAGUUAAAACAAACGCGGAAUUGCUAACAACCAAAGAUGAUUUGGCGAAAAAGGCCAACCAAUCAGAAUUAAUUAAAACAAACACGGAACUGCAAACAACUAAAGAUAAUUUGGCGAAGAAAGCUGACCAAUCAGAAUUAGUUAAAACAAACGCGGAAUUGCUAACAACCAAAGAUGAUUUGGCGAAAAAGGCCAACCAAUCAGAAUUAAUUAAAACAAACACGGAACUGCAAACAACUAAAGAUAAUUUGGCGAAAAAAGCUGACCAAUCAGAAUUAGUUAAAACAAACGCGGAAUUGCUAACAACUAAAGAUGAUUUGGCGAAAAAGGCCAACCAAUCAGAAUUAAUUAAAACAAACACGGAACUGCAAACAACUAAAGAUGAUUUGGCGAAAAAGGCCAACCAAUCAGAAUUAAUUAAAACAAACACGGAACUGCAAACAACUAAAGAUAAUUUGGCGAAAAAGGCUGACCAAUCAGAAUUAGUUAAAACAAACGCGGAAUUGCUAACAACCAAAGAUGAUUUGGCGAAAAAGGCUGACCAAUCAAAACUAGAUCAAACAAAUACGGAAUUGCUAAAAACUUCCACCAAUUUGGGAACUGCAACAAGAAAUUUGACUUCAACGAUGACGGAAUUGAUCAGCACAAAAUCUGACGUUGCAGAUUUGACAAUAAAAUUAAAUGCUAGGACGAGUGAAAUCGUUGAUAUUAAUCAAUUACCAACAUCAUGUAAAGAUCUUCAGCGAAUGGGACAUAAACUGAGCGGAUUCUUUUCUGUCAAAGGAUCAAAACAGAUGGAAAUGAUUUACUGCAAUUUUAAUCCAAAUAAAAACGACACAGAGAAAUGGAUCGGAUACGCUGACGUCAAAUCAGCGCCCGUCCAUUUCUACGCCAAGCGGAGUACAAAUUUCAUCACAACUGGAACUCCAAUUCGGUUCGAAUUUGCGCAAGUGAACGAAGGAAAUGCCAUGGAUUUGAAUACGGGGAAAUUCACGGCACCGCGACCGGGAAUUUAUUUUUUCUCAUUCACGGGACUGGCGAGUUUUCCAGAUUCAUCAUUUCGUGUUAAUUUGGAAGUUACACUUUAUUUGAACGGGGGUGGAAUAGGGAGGGGUUGGGUUGAAGAGGCAAACACCGUCGCUGGUCAAAGAAGUCCGUUGCUCGUCCAUUCGACGCUGAAAUUGAAAAAAGGCGAUCAAGUUUGGGUGGCAAUUAAUCUCAUGUCAUCAGGGGUUAAUUUGUAUGACAGCACUAGCCACCACACCCAUUUUACGGGUUGGAUGUUAGAGGAGGAAAUUGUGGCCUCACUUUGAGGAUUUUAUUUUGAUAAAAAUAAAUAUCCCUGAGGUAUAUUUAUAU